AUGACGUCACUGACAACUUCACCCCAGCUGUCGAAGGCUGUCGGUGAAGGGACCCAACACCAUUCCAGACGGCAUCUUAGAGCCCGAGGGCGGGGAGCCAGACUUUGCCACCCUGACAGUCGACGACUGGCGGAGGUUACAGCAGCAAGACCCCCACGUUUUUUCUGGCCGUUCAUGGCGGCUGAUCUCAAGCGGAAAAUUCAGAGCUGCGAACGGUGCGUUCGCAGUGGGACGCAUGCGCAGAAAGCGCCCAUGUCAACCAUCGUGGCAUCACACCCACUGGAACUGCUGACCAUAGAUUUUCUCACCAUUGAGGUCAAAGGGGAAAAGCAGAACAUACUGGUCAUCAUGGACCAUUUUACGAAGUUCGCACGGGCAAUACUGACGAAAGACCAAACAUCACGAACGACAGCCAGGGCUCUGUGGAAUGAGUUCUUCAUGACUUAUGGAUUCCCCGGCAGAAUUUUGUCUGAUCAAGGUCGGGAUUUUGAGUCAAAACUCAUCCAAGAACUGUGCAGCCUGGCCGGAAUCCAGAAAUGCAAGACCACGCCCUACCACCCCUGCGGAAACCCUGUGGAAACGUGGAAUAGAACACUGAUCGGUAUGCUGCGAACUUUAGAGACUGAACAGAAGAAGGACUGGCGGAAACACCUGAAGCCUGUGAUGCACGCCUACAACUCGUGAAUACACAGCAGGACGGGAUUCUCACCCUCCUACCUGUUCUACGGACGGCACCCAAGAAUGCCAGUCGACCUGGCAUUUGGCCUGGACAUAGGGAAGCGACAAGGGAAGAGCUGCAGGCAUGUAUGUGGUCCAACGAGAGGACGGCUCUGGACCAAAACGGACACUUCAUCGGAAUCUAUUACUCGCAGUGGGUGCACUAGGCUGGGCACCACCUCUGGCCCAGGAAGCAACCACCAGAAACAACAACCUCAGGCAACGUGCAGAUGAA